UUAAGGCUUGGAGCUCAACAUAUGGCUGCUACCCUGCAGCCAUCAGUCGACUUGCAGGCAAUCCAUGGCUUGUUCAUCAUCGUCAAUUGCCUCCUCCUGCUUCUUCUUCUUCUUCUUCUUCCACCUCUCGUUUUCGCUUCUUCAACUCUCAUCCUCCGCGUCAACUGACACAAUCUCUGCAAACCAGCCUCUCUCCGGGAACCAAAACAUCACCUCCAAAGAUGGCAACUUCAGACUUGGCUUCUUCGUGCCGCCAGGUAGCUCCUCUCCCAGCUACUACAUCGGCAUCUGGUACAAUAAGAUCUCUGCGUUCACCCCCGUGUGGGUGGCCAACAGAGCCACCCCAGUCACAGACCCAACCACGUCGGAGCUCAGAAUCUCCGGCGAUGGCAACCUCGUCCUCCUCGCCAACAACUUCAAUGCCAGUAUCAUAUGGUCUACUAACUCCGCCACAUCCAAUUCCACAGUCGUCGCUGUCCUCCUUGAUACGGGCAAUCUCCAGCUAAGGGACGAAUCCAACUCCUCCCUCGUCUUCUGGCAGAGCUUCGACCACCCCACUGACACUCUGCUUCCCGGAGCCAAGUUCGGGUUCAACAAGAUCACCAAGAGAUCCCAGCGCCUCACGUCCUGGAAGAGCAAAAUCGACCCUGCUCCCGGAAUCUUCAGCUUCGCGAUGGAUCAGGAAGGAAGCUUUCAGUACUUCAGCUUUUGGAACUCGUCUCGCACAUACUGGACUAGUGGACUGUGGGAUGGCCGGAUCUUCAGCCAAAUACCUGAGUUAGUUCCCGUUUACAUAUACAACUUCCAAGUGGUCAAUGAAACGGAUAAGAAUUACUUCACGUACAGUGUCAGUAAUCCCAACUACUUCAAGUCCAGAUGUGUGAUAGAUCCUGAUUCCGGCCAGAUCCAGCAACUGACAUGGAUGGAGAAUUCAAACUCGUGGCUGCUCUUCUGGGCUCAACCGAGAAGCAAAUGCUCCGUUUAUGGGGUCUGCGGGUCUUUCGGCAGCUGCCAUGAUCUCUCCACGCCAUUCUGCACUUGCAUUAAAGGUUUCACGAUCAAGUCUCAGACAGAUUGGAGUUUGGGCGAUCGAAGCCAGGGUUGUGAGAGGGUGGCCUCUCUGCAGUGCAGUGGCCAGAACAAUUCUGAAGAAGAUGGUUUCUUUAAGAUGGAAAAUGUUAGAUUACCUGACAACUCCCUCAGUUUGGCCAUGCUUGGGAACUCCCAAGAUUGUGAACAAGCUUGCUUGAGUAAUUGCUCUUGUAAUGCUUAUUCCUUCAACUCCACUGGGUGCUUUGUUUGGCAUGGAGAAUUACUCAAUCUUCAGGAAGAACUUAAUGAGCUUGGUGCAGGCACUCUUUACCUGCGCUUGGCUGCCUCUGAGUUUCAAACUUCUGAAAUCAACAAGAAGAGAAUGGUAGCACACAUCUCUGCCGGGGUCAUCGUGCCAUCUGUUGUAGUUUGUUUGUUCAUAAUUGGGGCUUUGGUAUGGAAGAGAGAGAGGAAGAGAGCUAUUCAAAACUCAAAAGUUGUGCAGAAUUCUUUGGUUUCCUUCAUGUAUGAUGAGCUGAGGAUUGCCACCAAAAACUUCUCCGAAAAGCUUGGAGCAGGGGGCUUUGGGUCCGUGUUUAAAGGGUCGUUGCCUGGCUCAAUUGAUAUUGCUGUGAAGAAGCUCGAGGGUCUUUACCAAGGCGAGAAGCAGUUCCGAGCCGAGGUGAGCACACUAGGAGCCAUUCAACAUGUAAACCUCAUUAGGCUAAUCGGCUUUUGCUCUCAAGGGACCAAGAAGUUGUUGGCCUAUGAGUUCAUGCCAAGCGGUUCGUUAGCUGAUCACCUUUUUCGUAGCAACUUGAAUGUUUUGGACUGGAAAACAAGAUAUCAAAUCGCUAUUGGAACUGCAAGAGGAUUAGCCUAUCUCCAUGAGCAAUGCAGGGACAACAUCAUACAUUGUGACAUUAAGCCAGAGAACAUCCUGUUGGAUGAUGCACUUUUGCCAAAAGUAGCUGAUUUUGGUCUAGCAAAGCUGGUUGGAAGGAACUUUAGCAAAGUUCUCACGACCAUUCGAGGAAGUAGAGGGUACAUUGCGCCCGAAUGGAUUUCAGGUAUGCCCAUCACUACAAAAGUAGAUGUUUACAGCUACGGAAUGAUGUUGUUCGAGAUCAUAUCAGGAAAAAGAAACCUAAUGCAUACGGGAGAAAGUAGUUUCGAGUUCUUCCCCUUAGUCGCAACAAACAAACUCGUAAUCGGAGAUGUCAAAACUUUGCUUGACCAAAGGCUAGAGGGUAAAGCCAACUCAGAAGAGUUUGAAAUAGCUUGUAAACUUGCUUGCUGGUGCAUUCAAGAUGACGAGAACUCGAGGCCAACGAUGAGUCAAAUUGUUCAAGCUCUAGAGGGCAAUUUAGAUGUCGGCAUUCCUCCUGUUCCAAGGUCACUCCAAGCCCUAAAUGAGUCAUGGACCAGGAGCAUCAAUUCCUCUAGUUCACAUCAGGACUAAGGAUUUCUGUGUGACUUCAAUGAGUCCUCAGAUAAGGAGUGCUGCAACUUAAAUCCUGUAUAAGUUCCAAUAAAAUCAGGAGAAAUAGUUGUAGUGAGUUCAUAUUUUUUUUAAUUUUAUUUUUGCAUAAUUUAUUGUAUUUGGACUUUAAAUCUGCAUGUGAUGGUUGUUUGCCAAUGAAGUGAGAGCAAGUCAU